AGGUUUCAUCAGAGACAAGAAUCUGCUGAACUUGGACGUGAACCUAAACCUGAACCCAGCUGCAUGUCCUUCCAGAGCAAUAGGUCAAAGGACAUUAUUGGUAAUUUUAAAGACCAACAUGCAUUAGAGUCAAAGUGCUGGAGGAAAACAUUGUCACGUUUGUGAAGAAGGAGGUGAAAAAGAUCCAGAAGGGUCUGAGUCCAGAUUACCCAAAAUGCUUAGGGAGUCAGAGGGAGGAUGAGGAGGAGUUGGAUUGUGAGGACGAAGAGCAGAGGAGGAGCAGCAGAGACGCGUUUCUGAAGAUCACAGUGAACUUCCUCAGGAGGAUGAAGCAGGAGGAGCUGGCUGACCGCCUGCAGAGCAGAUCUUCUGCUACACUUUGUCAGGAUCAACUUAAAUCUCGCCUGAAGCAGAAGUUCCAGUGUGUCUUUGAAGGCAUCGCUAAAGCAGGAAAGCCAACCCUUCUGAACCAGAUCUACACAGAGCUCUACAUCACAGAGGGAGGGACUGGAGAGGUCAACGAUGAACAUGAGGUCAGACAGAUUGAAACCGCCUCCAGGAAACCAGACAGAGCAGAAACAAGCAUCAGACCAGAAGACGUCUUUAAAGGCUCAGCUGGAAGAGAUGGAGCCAUCAGAACAGUGAUGACAAAGGGAGUGGCUGGCAUUGGGAAAACAGUCCUAACACAGAAGUUCACUCUGGACUGGGCUGAAGGCAAAACUAACCAGGACAUACACUUCACAUUUCUAUUCACCUUCAGAGAGCUGAAUGUGCUGAAAGAGCAAAAGUUCAGCUUGGUGGAACUUGUUCAUCACUUCUUCUGUGAAACCAAAGCAGCAGGAAUCUUCAUUUUUAAACACUUUAAGGUUGUUUUCAUCUUGGACGGUCUGGAUGAGUGUCGACUUCCUCUGGACUUUAACAAGACUAAAACCCUGACUGAUGUCACAGAGUCCACCUCAGUGGAUGUGCUGCUGACAAACCUGAUCAGGGGGAACCUGCUUCCCUCUGCUCACCUCUGGAUCACCACACGACCUGCAGCAGCCAAUCAGAUCCCUCCUGGCUGUGUUGCCAUGGUGACGGAGGUCAGAGGGUUCACUGACCCACAGAAGGACGAGUACUUCAGAAAGAGGUUCAGAGAUGAGCAGCAGGCCACAACAAUCAUCUCCCACAUCAAGACGUCACGAAGCCUCAACAUCAUGUGCCACAUCCCAGUCUUCUGCUGGAUCACUGCUACGGUUCUGGAGGAGCUGCUGAAAACCAGAGAGGGAGGAGAGCUGCCCAAGACCCUGACGGAGAUGUACAUCCACUUCCUGGUGGUUCAAACCAAAGUGAAGAACAUCAAGUAUGAUGGAGGAGCUGAGACAGAUCCACUCUGGAGUCCAGAGAGCAGGAAGAUGAUUGCGUCUCUGGGAAAACUGGCUUUUGAGCAGCUGCAGAAAGGAAACCUGAUCUUCUAUGAGUCAGACCUGACAGAGUGUGGCAUCGAUGUCAGAGCAGUCUCAGUUUAUUCAGGGGUGUUCACACAGGUCUUUAAAGAGGAAAAAGGGCUGUAUCAGGACAAGGUGUUCUGCUUCGUCCAUCUGAGUGUUCAGGAGUUUCUGGCUGCUCUUCAUGUCCAUCUGACCUUUAUCAAGUCUGGAGUCAGUCUUCUGUCAGAACAACAAUCAUCACUACAAUUAUCUGUGAUUAAAAAUAUGAUGAUGCAACCUUUCAUGAUGAAACAUGAAUAUACACAGUUCUACCACGUUGCUGUGGACAAGGCUUUAGAGAGUCCAAAUGGACACCUGGACCUGGUCCUCCGCUUCCUCCUGGGAUUUUCUCUUGAGAAAAAUCAGACAAAAUCACAGAGUUUCCUUCUGCAGAGAAAAGCAUUAACCUCUUCCACUGUCUGAAUGAACUGAAUGAUUGUUCUCUAGUAAAGGAGAUCCAAGACUAUCUGAAAUCAGGAAGUCUCUCCACAGAUAAACUGUCUCCUGCCCAGUGGUCAGCUCUGGUUUUCAUCUUAUUGUCUUCAGCAAAUGAU